AAAAAACAAAAUCUAACCAUGAAAUUUAGGCCUACCGCUUACGUUAAAGCAAAACAUUCUACUGCUGUUUUGUUAUUGGUGUCAGCGCAACGGGAGCUCCGGUUUGAAGUGGCCUUCACGUAUCAGUUAGUUAAAUCAUACAAUUCUCAUGUCUGCUCUACGGUCAAGCCCCAUUUUCCGAGCGAUUAUUCUUGGUGCUCCAGCAUCCGGAAAAGGAACAAUAUCUUCACGGAUCGUUCGUGAUUUCAAGUUGAAACACUUGUCUGGCGGAGACUUGUUACGUUCACAAAUUGGUGCUAAAACUGAAGUUGGAUUGAUGGCCAAAACCUUUAUGGACAAAGGUUCUCUAGUCCCAGAUGAUGUUAUGUCUGCAUUAAUCAUUAAUGAGCUUGCACUCUUGAAACAUCAUAGUUGGCUUCUUGAUGGAUUUCCAAGAACUUUAAAACAGGCUGAAACACUGAAUCAGAAAGAGCAUGUUGAUGUUGUAAUAAGUCUUGAUGUACCUGAGGAGGAAAUUGUUCAAAGGAUUGCUGGACGAUGGACUCACAUAGCUAGUGGAAGAGUUUACAAUACAGAAUUCAAUCCACCUAAAGUCCCUGGUAUUGAUGAUGUAACUGGUGAAAAACUAAUUCAAAGGGAUGAUGACAAGCCUGAAGCUGUCAGACAAAGAUUGCAAACAUAUGAAGCAAACAUUAAGCCAAUCUUGGAAUUCUAUGAUGGGCAUGGUAUCUUAAAGUUAUUUAAGGGGAGAUUUACAAAUGAAAUUUGGCCUAAAGUGCAUGGAUUUCUGUCAGAAAGCAUACCUAAAUCUAAUUGAAUGCUGCAUGCUGCCUUAUGAUCUUCCUGCAUUACUUGGUGAUACUUAUCAGAAGAAUAUACUGUGGAAUGAGGUUUAGAAAACUUUGCAUUUUAACAUUCCCCUUAUUAGUUUUGAAACUUAAUAACUUGCCAAGAAUUUAAUUAUGUUAAAUAGAAAUUAAGAAUGCAAAAUUUAGUUAGAAGCAUUAUGAUGCUGUAUUUCUUUAGAUUGUCAACAGGUUAAUGCAAAUGUGGGAAGAGAAAAAUCUUCAGUGAUGAAAAUAAAAAUUACAUCAGAUCAGCCAAUUGGUAACA